AUGACAAAGGCCGCCUUCUUUCGUAAUAAUCGACAACCUCAACAGCAGCCAGCUGCGGCGACAUCGCCCUCGACAUCCGACCACGGACUCGCCUCGCGCCUGAACAAUGCCGUGCGGUUCGGCGGCGCGCACUCGAGCGACGAGGAUGAGCCGUCGCAUGCCGCCUCGUCGAGCGCGCAGCGCUACGGCAACGGCAGCCGCAGCAACAGGUUCCCCGACACGAGCGAAGACGAGAUGUCGCCAGGCAACGGCGAUCACGGGUACGCGCAGCUCGGCGACGACGACGACGACGGCGCCGACCGCGACGACCAGCUCGGGGCGCCCGAGCCCGACCCCCGCGCGCUCCGCCGCUCAGACACGUACACGCGCCUGCCGGAGCGCAAGCGCACGCUGCGGCAGCGCACCGCCGAGCUCGACGACCAUGGCCCGAGCGCGAUCCACGCGCCAUCUCCGCCGCCAUUCAGCCGGGCCCUGGACAGCACAGAUACGAGUUUCACCAGCCCCUUGUCCCCAUCGUUCAGUGCCGAGCGGUUACCGCACGUCGGGGGCUCUGGCUCUGGCGGCGGCGGCGGCGGCGCGCUCAGCAGCAGCACGAGCACGGCGGCGACGGCGCUGACGAACAUAUCCGCCGCGACAGAGCUCACAUCCCCGACGUACGGCAGCGACGAGAUGCUCAUGGCGCUGCUCGCGUCCCAGGCGACCGUCGACUGCGAGAGCAUGUCGAUCGGCGCCUGGGAGGAGGUCGAGGGCUGGAAGAAGGAGCUCUCGCUGCUUGCGACCCGCCUCGACGCGCUCCAGACGCGACACCAGCGCGAGGUCAAGAUUUUGACCGCGGCGCGCACGCUGCAAAAGCUCAACCAGACGAACAAGCGGAUAUCCCGCCAGACGAUGGAGAGCCUGGAGCAGUCUGAGAAGCGCGUCGAGGCUGCGGAGAAGGAGGUAUUAGUCCUUCGCGACCGCGAGGCAGCGCUACGAAGGCGGCUGAACGAACACUGGGCGGGCGUCAUGGCGUGGGAGGUGCGCCGGUUGGAGCGCGCGGCUGCCGAGUCGUCGUCACGGCAGCAGGCGCUGGUGCAGGCCGCCGAGUCGGCCCACGAGCGCGAGAUGGGGUACGCCAAGCGCGUUACGGCGCUGGAAACGGACCGCGACGCGCAUGACGACCACGUCUCGGAGCUCAAGGCGCAGCGCGACCAGCACUUUGCGCGGGUGCGCGACCUCGAGUCUGGGCGGAGUCGCGAGCUUGAAACCUCGCGAUCACGACAACAGGAGACGGACACGCAAGUGGAAGCUCUGGAGCAGGAGCGCGACCGCGCGAUUGGGCGGGUGCGCGACCUCGAAACCGAAGGCGCGAGGCAGAAUGGCCGGAUUGCCGAACUCGAAGAGAUGAUUGUCGAGUUUGGACGACGCGAGCGCGCGCUGGAAGAAGAGUCCAAGGCACACCAGGACGAGCUGGCCAAGGUCCAGAGCGACCGGCAGAGCUGGCAGCGCGAGCGGGCCGCGUUCGUCUCGGCCAAGGAGCAGUGGGCUGUCGAGCGCAGCGGCAUUGGACACGCGCAGGACUCGAUCACGUCGGAGCGCUCUGCCUGGGUUAAAGAACGUACACAGCUUACGGAGCAGCACCGCGCGCUCGAGGGACAGUUCGGCGCUCUCCAGACUGUUCACGACGAGUUGGCAGCGCAGCACGAGCAGUUAUCCGGCCAGCACGGCCAGCUGCGGACGGCGCACGACGCGCUUCAGGUCGACCUUGCCGACAUUCGCGCCGCCCACGAUGACACGCGGACACGACACUGCGAGCUCGAGGAGACGCACCAGGGCCUCAACGACAAGUACGUGCUCAUCACGUCGCAGAGCAGCCAGGCGCAGCUGGACCUCGGCGACCUCCAGGCCCAGCACCGCCAGUUACAGGCUGAGCACCAGGAGCUUGUGGACAGACACGAGGCGGUCGAGUCGCAGACUGGGCUGCUUCAGGCUCAGCUGGGUGAGGCGGAAACGCAGCACCGUGCGACCCAAGACGAGCUCGCUACCCUCCGCGCUCAGCAGGACCAGCUUCACAAGCACGAGGGCAACAUGCAGUCUGAGAGAACACGUCUACUCGAGGCCGCGGGGCUCGCCAAGACGGCCAGCAGACAGGCUGCCGAGCGCCUCGCUGCGAUCGGCACGGCUAUCGGCGCGCUUCUCGGCCGCGACACGGUGCCCGACAAGGAGCUCGACGACGCCAUCGCCGACGUCGGCACCCUCGUCCAGAGCCGCGAGACCGAGCUGCAGAGCCUCAAGGAGGAGAUGCUCGAGGUCAGCCAGGGGCUCGAGGACGAGAUGCGCAGACUCAGAGCCGACCGCGAUGGGUGGAAGACCAAGGCGAGCGAGGCGCAGGCCAUGGCCGACGAGGAGCACGCGCGUGCCGAGGCAGCACAGGCCGCGGCCGACGAGCACGCCGAGUCGGCGAGAUCCGUCACCCAGUCGCAGCGAGGCGUCCAGGGCGAGAUGAUGGAGCUUAUGCGCAAGAUCCGCGGUCAGAACGAGCAAAUCGAGCACCUCAACAAGCAGAACGACGGCCUCGCUGCUGACCUCGAGACGGCGCACCGCGAGAUUACCGGCCGGAAGAAGGCGGGCGACGCCGACCCUGUUGCAACAAAUGCCAAGAUCGCCGAGCUCGAAACCAAGCUCUCGGCAAUCAACUCGCAGCUGUCUUCUGUGUGGACCAUUCUUCCGAGCUCCGAGUCGCGCGAGCAGGCGGGCUUCAGCUCGCCGAGCGUCGUGUCACCCAACGCGACUGUCAACUUUGCCGCCCUGCAGCGCGCAUACGCCGAGCCUGCAACGCGCGAAGAGUUCCCCGGCGUCAACGCGCUGGCAGACCGGGUGCGCACGCUCAUCGCCGACGGCAGGCUCAUGAUCGAGCGCAUGACGCGCAUGGAGGUCGACAAGGAGCGCCACAAGGCCAACGCGGCCAAGGCUGCCCAGCUCGUCCAGGACAGCAGCCGCUCGAUGGAGACGUACCAGCGCCAGGUUAUGGAGCUGGAGGAGCGGCUGAACAAGAAGACGCGGCUGUCGUCGCGAUUGUCCAAGGCGAGCACGACGGCUGGCGAUCGCGCCAGCACGUCCAAGCAGGACGAGCUCGACGAACUCCGCGCGACUGCAGAAAUCUCGACAGCGGCAAAGCAGCGCCUCGAGACCGAGCUGGCCAAUGCCAACGCGACCAUCUCGCGCCUCAACGACAUCAACAGCAACCUGUCGGCGCGCACACUGACGCUAAGCGACGAGGCCGAGACGGAGCGGCGCACCCUGCAAACCCAACUGCAGAACCAGAUUGACGACCUCUCUCGGAAGCUGCGGACGACGACAGAGGACGCCGAUCACGAGCGCGCACGGGGGCAGGAGCAGCAGAUGCAGAUGCUCGACGAGCUCAACUCGCUGCAAGCUGAGGUCGGGCAGCUGCGACAGAAGCUGCGGGCCAAGGGCGGCUAGGCGGCGGCGGCGGCUAGUUGUGCGGUUGGUUACGGUCGGCCACCCUGCCGUUAAUGUCACGACGGCGGGCACGAUACAUGUAGACUGUUAUCUUUAGUGUGUGUACAUUGGAUGCAUUAGACGACG